CGGAGUCCCCCCACCGGCCGGCGUUGCCCGCGAACGAGGCGGCGAAAGAUGCUCAUCGCCGGCGGUGCCACUCCAAGCUCGGACGCGUUCCCUCCCGCAGCUGCCGCCGCUCGGAUCCCGGGUCAUGGCGCCUUGAGCCGCCGCCUCGUCAGGCCCGUCACCGACCUCCGCCGCGAUGUCACAGGACGACGAGAAGUAGUGCGAGGAGCGUUUCGAAGGCAGGUGUCCGCGUGCCCCCCGCGGCUGCGCGCAGCCGGCUGCAGUCAGGGCGCCUCUGCAGGAUGACGCUGCCGGCCGCGCUGGUACUCUGGACUUGCGUGUGGGGGGCAGUCGCCCCGAGGAGCGGCGGGGCCAACGGCACUGAGGCGGAGAGGCGCUGGGAGACGCUGUUCUCGCGCUCCUAUCUGGGCCUCGCGGGCAGGGGGCCGCUGCAGCCCGACUGGCAGAGCGACUACCUGCGGGGCGUCAAGCGAGUGCGCCGCCUCUACUGCAACGUGGGCAUCGGCUUCCACCUGCAGGUGCUUCCGGACGGCAGGAUCGCCGGCGCGCACCUCGAGGAUCCGCACAGUCUUAUCGAGAUUUCCAGCGUGGAGCGAGGAGUGGUCAGCCUGUUCGGUGUCAAGAGCGAGAUGUUCGUGGCCAUGAGCCGCAGGGGGAGGCUGUACGCCACGAGGCUCUUUGGCGACGAGUGCAAGUUCAGGGAGACGCUGCUGGCCAACAACUACAACGCCUACGAGUCUUUUGUUUACAAGGGCUUCUAUGUGGCCCUCAGCCGGCACGGGCGGCCGCGGCGAGGCGACAAGGCCGGCACCGCCGCCACCGGCACCCACUUCCUCCCUCGGUUGUGACUGACCCCGCCGACACCGACGUUUGCACAUGCUGAUUUUUGUUUUAAUUUUAUUUUCUUCCAGGUAAAACGACGCCAAUGAACUGCGCAGAUGUUGAUUGUGUUAUCAUAUAAAUAUAUACGUGUAUAUUUGGAGAGCUCUCUUUGUAUAUGGAUGCCAUACUGUGCUGAUUUCGGGGCCUUUGCCACUCUCACUUGGUGCCUGCAACAUUUACACUAUAUGGACACGCCUCUCAAUCAAUCUCAUGAUAAAUCUGUCCAAAAGUCUGGGAACAGGGCACAAAACAAGAAAGCAUGCUUGGAUGAAUUUGCUGUGCACAAAAAUUCCCGACAAACAAAAGUCACUU